UGGGAGUGGUUGAAACAGCAACAGCAGACCUAAGUCAACAGCCGGCAACUGGCAGGAACUUAGAUGGAGAAGAAGACCCGGACUUCGAUGAUGCGGGAAAUAUACGUACUCGAUUAAUGUAACUUACUCCUUUAGAAUUACACUUCAACUCCGUGAGCUCCUUCAUGGUGGAAAAUUACAUACUUGCUGUUCAGGAAGCCAAUGGUGGAGACGUGGCGUGUAAUAUACUUUACCUACCUUCGUUUUUUUACCUAUCUUUCUCCUCAGCUACAUUAUAACUCUUAGGUGGCGCGGACGACGAGCGUAAUGGUCUUUGGUGUGCGAGGCGAGCUGGAAAGAAUAAGGAAGAGGAGAGAGAUAUUUUGCGGCAGCAAGUAGUUCAUCGGUCAAAUAGUCUUCUGGGCCUCGUUAGCGGAAUUUUUACUCUCGGAAAGAAAACGGUUGUCCGCUAUGUUCCUUGCGAGGCUGAUGAGAAACAAC